AUGCUUGCUGCCAUCAUCUCUAGAAUGUAGACUAGUAUAUUGAAUGAACUCAUCUUCUCACGACUUGAAUAUCCUUUAUAGAGUUUACCAAGCUGUCUGCUCAAACACUAGAAGUAAUAUAAUCAUGUUCAAAUAAGAUAUUUAUUUAUUUUACUACUUUUUUUGUGACAAAUGAAUGAAGUAUUGUGAAGUUGCAUUGACUCUAUAUUCCUGUUGACCUCACCAACGUGUAUUUCUUCAGCACAAAAUGUCUACUCAGCAAUGGUAGACUACUUUCAACAGAUUCCAGUAAAAUAGAUGAACCAUUGAAGGUUGAAGAAGCAGAGACGAUAAGUUCACCGCCUCCUCCAACAGAGAAGGUUUUUUGGGCAUAUCUAAUCAUCUCUCGUGUGAAAUUUCACGAUUUCAUUCUUCAAUCUUUACAAUAAUUCUGUAUUUCAUUGCUGUAGCUGCUGGUCUUGGGUGGUAAUGGAUUUGUCGGUUCGCAUGUUUGUAAGGAGGCUGUUGCGAAAGGGAUAUCUGUUUCCAGUUUGAACAGGUUGGUGCAUCAUUCACCGGCAAUUUGUACUGUUGAUUCUUCUAAACCAUCAUACUUGUUGGUGAAUUGACUGUUUCAGAGCUCGAUGUUCUAUUGAGGGAACUAACAGUGUACAUUUUUGUAUAUUAAGUAUUUUAUCAAACCUUUUUGAUUCAUUGUGGAUUUUAUUCUCAUCCAUUAUUUCCGUACAGUUCUGAUUAUAGAGUUCUCUAUGAUCUUUGAGGCUCAGCCAGUAGUUAUUUUUGUACAAAUCUUGCUCUAUGUGAUCUGUCCAUGCGUUUGUGAUGUGAUCUGUUCUUGAUUUCUCCUUGAUCACAGAUCAGGGAAGCCCUGUGUACGGGAAUCAUGGGCUGACAGUGUUAUGUGGCACCAAGGUAGUUAUACAGUAUAAAUCACUACAAUUAAAAUCGCAUUUGUGGUGGAUACAUUAUCCCCCUCUUCUUAUUAUUAUCAUUCAUUUUUUUUUAGGAAACCUUCUUUUACCUGACUCAUGGAAGGAUGCCUUCAAUGGGGUUACAGCUGUGGUAUGUAAUUCAUUUCUUUUAGCUAAAUUUUUAUUAUAAUAUUCAUUGUGUUUUCUAGCAAAAUUUAUUGGUCAUACUCUUAAAAAUAUUGAAGUGCUAUCUUUGAGAAAAUGAACAUAUGGACUUUUUUUUAUUUGAAUAUGGCGUAGAUACCAACGUUUCAUAUUCAGAUGGUGUGGAAGACAUCUAUAGUUUGUUAAACUAGCCGUACAUAUGUGUGAUCCGUGAAAUAACUUGCUCAAUGUGGGCUCUGUGAUCGUUAGAUUAUUUUAUUCUUAAAUAGAAUUGGCACUAUUUGCUUUCAGCGGGAGGCACUCACUUGUGCCGUGAUGAAGGGCACCCUUUGUUCCUGGUUGGUAGGUCUUGCAGUCUAGACUCACAGCUUUACCAGGCUACACUGGCCAGAACACCCUGCAAAAGAUAAAAAUCUCACGCUUGUUUUCUAAUAUUGUCUCAUAAUGCAUUAGACCUAAAGAAUACAAAAAUGGUACGCAGAAUCGGUCAAUCUAUUUAUUGUUCUAUGGAUCUGUGUCUGUCCUACGGAGCUAGUCCAGGCCAAAUCCACAGUUUGGACCUGGAUAAAGAAAAAAUGUAGAUUAUUUGAUCGGUGUUCAAAGGCAUUUGCUUGUCAUCUGCUCCUGUCAGGCACUUGGCUGAAAAUUUGACGAUUGCUUUUUAUGUGAACAGUUUGUUUAGAAAAAAUCAAGGCGAGAUGAUAUCUAAUUUACAGUUGUCUAUGCAUACUUUCUUCUUAUCUCAUAUCUUCUGUGAACAGGCUAACUGCGAAGCGCAUAUUAAGCUCUUAGACAGAUUUCAUGAACGGUGAAUGCAGUGGAUGGGAAUAAAGAAGUUCAGUAUAAUAAUCAUUAGGGUUUCCAGAUGCAUCGUUCAAAGUGCUUGUAGCAGUGGUGUUUGACUUACCGAGUGACAUUAUAAGUCCUCUGUUAUUCUUAAUUUCAUCUUGCUUGAUGCUGCUGAAUCCUUGCAGAUAUCAUGUGUUGGGGGCUUUGGGUCGAAUUCCCAGAUGUAUAAGAUCAAUGGGACUGCGAACAUUAACGCUAUCAGGGCAGCAGCAGAGAAAGGUACUCCGUAUAAAUGCUCAUUCUUCAGGUUUCAAAAUGAGGAUGAGAUUUUUUUUUCUCUUACAUUUUUCUUAUGUUUUUGACUUUUUUAGAACCUGAUUUCGCUUCUUCUAAUGUCCACUUCGCAAUCUAGUUUUUUUAUUUUAUUUCGUAAAUGGAGCCUCUAAAUGCUUUUGCCAGCUUACUCAAUUUGCACUAUCGGAGGGAGUGCUUGGUUGCCAUGGAAAGGCAUCUCAUAUUGCACUACCUGUUUUCUUCAGGUGUAAAGAGAUUUGUGUAUAUCUCUGCCGCUGAUUUUGGUUUGGUCAACUACUUAUUACGAGGAUAUUAUGAAGGAAAGGUACGGCCUUCCUUCUGCCUUAUGGUUUGGAGCUUUCUAGAAGGAAACGAAAUAACAUGCCAGAAAAAGCUGGAAAAAACCAGAAAAAUAUCCAAAUGGUUUUCCAUUGUUGCCAUGUCUCCUCUUCACGUUGAUAUGCAUUUUUGUAUUCCACUGAAAUAGAAACAUCCAGAAGGGGUUCUUGUGAUCUCACAGCAAAGAGUGAGUAUUUUCUCUUUUCCUUUUCUUCCCUUUCGGGGAGGGGCAGUUGACAUGUCAUUGGGAAUUCUGGAUAUUGAUGUUUUUAAUUCUUAUCCCGGUUUGCCACUCCCAUAGUCUAGAACCAUAUUAUCUUUCUAUUUCCUUUGUUUACAAUUAGAUUGUUUGUGUGAGAAAAAUCAUCCUAAAUGCUAUGGGAAAGCUUCAUUCACUUGGAGUUGACACAUUGGCUGUCAUUGAUACUGAUUUAUUUUUUUUUCGUCUUUAAUGUUAAAUUUUUUUCCACUUUCUUGUGAGAGGAUUGUGACUGCUCUGAGGACGAUUUUUAUGCACAGUUUAUGCACAGUUUAUUUCAUGAUGUUUAUUUCAUGGGUGGGUGAUGUGGUUAUUCAGCGGUUUCUAUUUCAUACCUUGGGGGAUGUAUAAAGCAUUUUUUAUGCACAGUUUAUUAUCAUACACAGUAACUAUGAUAAUUUUACUGCCCGUUUUUCUCUGUUGGUUCAGAAAGCUACUGAAGCUGAGCUACUAUCAAAGUUUCCAUAUGGAGGUAUUUUUUUGCUUUAUGCAACAAUGUCGGUGCUUCUUAGUUCAUCAUUUUUUUCUAAUUUGGGUUAUAUUCUUGUUGUUCUUCCAGUUUACUAAUGAAAUGUCCUGAGCAACUAUUAUCGACUAUGAUUGAUUUUAGCUUCCUUGUUUAAAAAUCUCAUUUAAUUCUGAAGACCAACCUUGAGUUCUUAUCAUUUUUUUUUGCCUACGGAAGUAUUUUUUCCUUCUGCACAACCAUUAUGUCUCUCAGUUCUUCAUCUCUGGAAAUUAUGGCUCGAGUCAAUUAUAGCAUCCCACUUUGGUGACCAACCCGGAAAUUUAAAAUUAUUUUACGGUCUAUGCAACAAUGGUGUGCCUCUUAAUCCUUCAAUUUUCUUCUAAUAGGGGUUUAUUUGAUAUUUUCCCAGUUCAGUAAUAAACUAAUAUCUAGAUAUUAGUCCUGAUCGCAAUAGGUGUUAUCUUCCAGAUUGAAUCCUCGCCUUCCGUUCUAGUGAUCAAUCCUGAUUUACUUUAUAAAGUAAACAUUAUUUCACUAAUCACGGUGUGCACCUUGGCAUUGACUACUCUCUCGACUGUAACACCAGUCCGUUUUUGAGUCACCUGUUUUGAGGUCUAUUUCUGGAGUAGGCUACCAGUACCCAAGUGGGUUUUGCCAGUGAAAACCAGUAGAAAGAAUCCCAAGAGCUUGAUGGGGCUGAAAUUUUACCAUUUAGAAUCUGUCUCAAUUACUAUAUUUCGUAAUAUUUCAUUCAUUAUCUGAAUGGUCCCCUCUCUCUCUCUCUCUCUCCCUCUCGCUUUGGGGAUGUGAUCUCUUAGUUUAGAUGUUCAAAAUCGUAGUUCAGGGUUGACCAUACUUGUAAGCCGGAAAAAAUAUAGGAAAAAUUCUAGAAAAUUUGUGACAUUAUCAGUUGAAAGUUUUAUCCUUCAAUAAAAUGGUCCAAUACACAAAUCCUCGAAAGAACUACUUGUUCAUUAAAAUUUAUCGAUAAAAAUUCGAUGUUCCGCUCCAUCAACCUUUUCAACGACCUUGAUUAAUUACAGCGGAGAAGUCUUAAUAUUUCAGCUCAUCAGACUCAUACUUGCCUCCUCCAUCUUCCCCCCCAUGUUUCUCACAGGCGUAAUUCUCAGACCUGGCUUCAUUCACGGGACUCGCAAAGUGGGGAGCAUCAGCCUACCCCUGAGCAUCAUCGGUUCACCACUUGAGACGGUAAUUCCUUAAACCCUGUGAGACACAGAUUUUAUGUACAAGUGUGAAAAAGGCAGGAAUGGGAGAUGCACUAGAAUUUCUAUUCAAACCUUAAAUCCGAAAAUUUAUCCAACUUGCAGGUCCUCAAGCAUGCAAAGCCUCUGACUGGGGUUCCUCUGGUGGGGCCCCUCUUCAUCCCACCCGUGAAUGUGGUUGCUGUGGCAAGGGUUGCUGUGAGGGCUGCGACAGAUCAGGUUUUCCCUCCAGGCGUUGUCGAUGUCCACGGCAUUCUCCGCCAUGGAGAUCAGAAGUGA